AUGGAAGUUAUUGCAGAUGUUCCUCCCGCCAAGUCUGUAGAUUUUUCUUAUAUUGAAUGUCAAAGUAGCAGCAAUUUAUUAGAUAAUAAGGAAGCAUCAAUGAUCCCGAUUGUGAAUUAUCAUUCACGUUUAUUUAUUGGUCUGCUACGUCCUUCAUCCUAUUUAAAAUCUAGUUAUCAUCGAAUGCUACGGAGAAUAAUCUAUUUGUGUAUUGGCAUCACAUUAUUAUCAUUUUUAUGGUUAGCAUUUUACAUAUCCGAUUCAACAUGGUUCAUUGGUUUACCUAUCACACCAUCUUAUCCAUGGAGAAGUGAAAAACGUCUUGUACAGACUAAGGAUAAAACAGCUUUAGCUACAACAAAGUCUCGUUAUAUAUACGGUGUUGUAUUCGAUGCUGGCAGUACUGGGAGUCGUGUUCAUAUAUUCACAUUAAUUCAUAAUCCUUUGGAUCCUUUCAAACCGUACAUACUGUUAGAUGAUAAAUAUCAUCAUGUUCAACCAGGUUUAUCAUCAUAUGCAGAGAAACCAGAAGAAGCAGCAUUAAGUUUAACAAAAUUAAUCAAUAUUGCUGAAACUAGUCUUCCAACUGAUGUGUGUCGUAAUACUCCAGUGAUUUUAAGAGCUACCGCUGGUCUACGACUAAUUUCUACGCAUAAAGCAGAGAAUAUUUUAAAAGCUGUACGACAAAGAUUAUCUCGAACAUGUUUUAAACAAUUACCAAAUUCGGUCACUAUAAUGGAUGGAUUUUAUGAAGGUUUAUACUUGUGGAUAACAUUGAAUUUUCUCAAUAAUCGUUUAUCAUCAUCAUCAUCACCGACCAAUGAAAAUGCAUCCAUAAAAAAUACAAUUGGUACAUUAGAUCUAGGCGGUGGUUCAACACAAAUCACAUUUAUUCCAACUGAAUUAGAUACAUUCAAUAAUGCACCGACAGGAUUUAUUACUUAUUUUGAUGUACAAAUCAAUAAUAAUAAUAAUAAUAUGAAUAACAAUAAUAAUCGUAAUCAUAAUCAACAAAAGAUUUAUUCACAUAGUUAUUUAGGUCUUGGUUUAAUGUCUGCACGUUAUUCCAUGUUAUAUAAUGCAACUGAACAUUUUAAAUUAAUUACUGAAGGAAAAAAACAAUUUUUACAUCCUUGUUGGCCUAAUAAUGUAACGCUUAAAUGGAAUCAUGCUGGUCAAGAUUGGCAAAUCAGUCGUAUGAAUCAAUCUUGGUCGAAAUUGUUAUUAUCUUACAUUAAAACAAAUUCAAUCAUUUAUCAUCAAUCAGCAAUUAUUGAUCCGAUCAAUAAUAAUGAUUAUUCACUGUUGUGUUAUGCAUUAGCCUUGAAUGUAUUACAAAAUCCGGUUGAAGGUGAUAAAAGUCUCAUCCGAUAUCCACCAUACAAUAAUAUUGUUCAUCAACCAUUUGAAGUGAAAACACGUGAAUUCUAUGCCUUUUCAUAUUAUUUCGAUCUGGCUGUUAGUGUUGGUUUAAUACAUGAGAAUGUUGGUGGAUUUUUAACUGUUAGUGAUUUUCAAAAAGCAGCUGAACGAAUUUGUCGUAAUCCAAAUCCGAGAAAACCAUUUGAUUGUAUGGAUGUGUGUUUUAUCACUGCAUUACUGCAUCAUGGUUAUGGAUUUCCAUUGGAUAAAAAAAUUGGUUUUUUUAGAAAAGUGAAUUCAUUCGAAAUUAAUUGGAGUCUUGGUGCCUUAUUCUCUGAAAUGUAUAAUAAGUAG